UCCGUUUAAGAAACGUUUUGCAACUGAAUCGGCGGAAUGAAUACCCAUAAACCAAGGAGGAGGAGCCAAGCCGUAAAAAGUACAUAAACUCUGCUAUUUAGCUAGCAAGCAUAUCCAUUUUUCACGCAUUUGUGGUUUAAAGUUUUGUUUUCACGAUGGCUGAUUAUAGAGGGAAAGCAACCGAUCAAAUGAAGCUAUGGAAAGAGGGCCGAAGCGCUCAGAGGCCAGACACCCUGACCACAGGGGCUGGUCACCCGGUAGGGGACAAGCUGAAUAUAAUGACCACAGGUCCCCAGGGGCCCCUCCUGGUGCAGGACACCCCGUUCAUAGAUGAGAUGUCACACUUCGACCGUGAGCGCAUCCCAGAGAGGGUGGUGCACGCCAAGGGAGGCGGAGCGUUCGGGUACUUUGAGGUGACACAUGACAUCUCUCGCUACUGCAAGGCCAAGGUGUUUGAGCAUGUGGGCAAGACCACACCUAUCGCCAUCCGCUUCUCCACUGUGGCUGGGGAAUCGGGCUCAGCCGACACAGUGAGAGACCCACGUGGCUUUGCAGUCAAGUUCUACACUGACGAGGGCAACUGGGACCUUACUGGCAACAACACCCCCAUAUUCUUUAUCAGGGACGCCAUGCUGUUCCCAUCCUUUAUCCACUCUCAGAAGCGCAACCCCCAGACUCACCUAAAGGACCCAGACAUGGUGUGGGACUUCUGGAGCCUGCGGCCUGAGUGUAUGCAUCAGGUGUCCUUCCUAUUCAGUGACCGUGGUCUGCCUGACGGCUUCCGCCACAUGAACGGCUACGGCUCCCACACGUUCAAGCUGGUCAACGCCGAGGGUCAGCCCGUCUACUGCAAGUUCCAUUACAAGACCGACCAGGGCAUCAAGAACAUGAAACCUGAGGACGCCGAGCGCCUGGCUUCCACCGACCCGGACUACGCCAUCCGAGACCUUUACACCUCCAUCGCCAACGGCAACUUCCCCUCCUGGUCCUUUUACAUCCAGGUCAUGACCUUUGAGCAGGCAGAGAAGUUCCAGUGGAACCCCUUUGACCUGACCAAGGUGUGGUCUCACGAGGAGUACCCCCUCAUUCCUGUGGGGAGGUUGGUGCUCAACAGAAACCCUGCCAACUACUUUGCUGAGAUCGAGCAGCUAGCCUUUGACCCCAGCAACAUGCCCCCGGGCAUCGAGCCCAGCCCUGACAAGAUGCUGCAGGGGCGUCUGUUCUCAUACCCAGACACACACCGCCACCGGCUGGGCGCCAACUACCUGCAGCUGCCCGUCAACUGCCCUUUCAGGACCCGUGUGGCCAACUACCAGCGAGAUGGGCCCAUGUGCAUGUUCGACAACCAGGCUGGAGCUCCCAACUACUUCCCCAACAGCUUCAGUGCUCCAGAGACCCAGCCGCAGCACAUGGAGAGCAGGUUCAAGGUGUCCCCAGAUGUGGGUCGCUACAACAGUACUGACGACGACAACGUCACACAGGUGCGUACCUUCUUCACGAAGGUGCUGAACGAGGAGGAGCGUCAGAGGCUUUGUCAGAAUAUGGCUGGUGCCCUGAAGGGAGCCCAAGUCUUCAUCCAGAAACGCUGGGUUCAGAACCUGAUGGCUGUGCAUGCAGACUAUGGAAACGGGGUCCAGGCCCGACUCAACGAUGCCGAGCCCAAGAAGGACGCUGUGAGAGUGUAUACCCUUGGAGGAGCCACUGCCAUCACUGCCUCCUCCAAGAUGUGAUGCCUUAACUUCCACCUGGUGGGGCACUUCCACCUGUUGCGCUUACCAGCCUGCUAUCCAAGAUCCUACUUCUAACCGUCCGUGAAUGCCAUAGCUAAUCAUGAUUUAAUAUUCCUCAGGCUACUUACAACAUUGUUCUAACGUGUUUGCUGUCCAUUUUGCCAAAGUUCACACAGAAAUGUAUGUAGUCAGACUGCAGCCCUAUGGGAGAAGAUCUGUCCCCAAACUACAUCUGUCAAAUAUACAGGUCUGCUGUCUGAAAUGUUUGUCAUUUUCAGUAUAGUGAUCCAUCUCUUCCCAAUUAUGUAUCGUUUGUGUGUCCAUGCUUCAUCGAAGCCCUGAUAGUUAGCUUAAAAGAGGUAUGUGUUAGCCUAUAUGCAAAAAAAAUGACAUUUAUCCUCGUUAAACAAACCACCAAUGUUUUCGAAUAAGAUUCAUCAUUAUUUUGCAGUUUAAACUUAAGUUCUCUUCAAAAGUGUUCCUGUGUUAAGGCCUACACCAUAUUCCUUGUUUAUAUUAGAAAUAGUUGCCGGCCAUCGAUCGGUGAGAAUGACUGUGAUUGAGUCAUGAAAGAAUGUUUGAGUCAUCGUACUCGCAGCCAAACCAACACAGCAGUGCCUUUUUGGUUAGAAACGUAUCCAUUAUAAAGGGUUUGCAAUGACUUUUAUGAAUAAUCUCAUGUACCAAAUGUCUUCUGUAUAUUAGUGUACAGACUCUGAAUCACUAAAGAGUUGUAUUAGGGCUGGGGAAACAAGAACCACUACUGUUUACUGUCCUUAUCCCUUCUCACAAAUCUCCCUACUCGUUUUCUAUGUUCCAGCGGAGCCCUGGACUGUUAGUGUUUCUGUGCUAGGUAGCAUUCCCCAUCACAUCGCCUGUCUGAAGAGAAGUGAUUUGUUAUAUUAAUAUGCAAUUGUGAACUUUGAACCACAAAAUAAGAUGCAUUAUUGAGUGCUUGAUCUUUCAAUUUAUGCUAAUAUAUCCAACGGCAAUGCUAUAUGUGUGGUUUUAGUGUCUGGUUUAAAGUAGGCCUAUCUUAACUCCAGGGUAUGCACACUUCAGUUCUAACGCAGGACUCCAGCUGAUUCUACCCAUCAAGCCCUUGAUUUGUUGGUGGAGGAGUGUUGCUACUGGGCUGGAACAAAAGGAAACAGCGUUGAAUAACCCUAGUCCUUUGUAAAUGCAUUGAGGAUUUUCACGAGGUUGUCAUCUGUGGUGCUAUUCAAGUCGUGAAUGGUGGUUUGUCCUUAGGUCUCAGCAUUUCAAGACAUUCAGUCCUCCCUCCCCCAUCUAGGUCCAAUAGAUUAUUUACAAAUACCAACUGACAGGACAGUGGUUAAGACGAUGACUAUAGAGUAAGCAUACCACUGCAAAGACACUCAACAGACUGAGGUAAGGGUAAAGAAUGGCCUAUUUCAUCUGUACAAAACAUUCCAAGCAGGUUCAUACUUAGUUUCCAUCAAUUAAAAUUAAACUGUAGGCCUACAUUGUCUGAAUGGUGAAUAGGUAGCUAGCAUUUUCUUCACUCUAACCAGUUGAUCAUAUUUCAUGUAAGUCGUGGGGGAAUGUAUAAGCUUUGUUUUAUAUUUUGCUUUAUAAUGUACGUGUUUAAACUUUGUCAGUUAAUCAAAAACAAAACAUCUCUCAAUUCAUGCAAGCCAUGGUAUCAGAACUGGGUUUUUUAAAUAAUAGAACAAUUAUUUCUAAUACUUUGUGCCUUGCCUGCCCUGGCUUAAUAAAGAUAUGUUGGUCAAUUUA